CCCUCGCCGUGAGACAGAAAUUUGAAAUUUGUCGGCGAAGCGACGCGCCCCCUUCCUCGCUCACCGAAAUGGCGGACGACGCCGCCGCCUACUGGAGCAAGACGACGCCGCCCCGCGUCUCGAUGCCGUGCAUCUCCACUACCUACGCUCGGCGCCUCUCGAGCAGCUUCUUCCCCGUGCCGUCCGCUCCGGUGCCGCGGACGGUCGCGUGGUUCUCGCUGCAGGGCCGUCUCGUCGGCGCCGAGGAAGCAACGUCGGCCGCCGCAAUCGGAGGCGGGUUGGCUGGUCGCGAGGAAGCAGUGGCCUGGGAGCUCUUUAGCCCCCUCCAGCGGGUCCUCCUCGUCGCUGUAGUGGCCGCCGCCUCGAAUAGGUCACGGAGGAUUGCACAGUUGCAGAGAUCCGUACAGAUAAGGGAUGAGGUGCUCCUUAGUAUGCAGCAGAAGCUCGAUGAUUUAUGCGAGCAGAUGACUUUUGUUCCAGAUCAAGCAGUCAAAAAUAACUCCAGAAUUGUUGUCUCCAAGCUAGCUCAUGAUGCAACUCAGUUUUGCUGUUCUAGGAAACCGCUGCAAGAACUAAAUCAUGAGAAUGGAACUGUGCCACUUUGCAAGGAUACAUCAAAUGAGGAUAUCACUGAAGUAGAGAAAGAGGGCAUCUUCGACAUAAAUAACACAACUAUAGUGGAGCAAGAAGAGCGCCGAAUGUCUGACUUGUCCGAUUUCAAUUGGAGUGUUGCAUCAUCUGUGGACUUGCAGCUAAGCACACUAGCAUCAGAGCAAGAGUUUUACAACCUUCGCAAGGAAUGUGAAGAGAAGGAUGUGAUGAUAAAGGAAUUAACUUCUGCUACCAAUGCAAUUAAGGCUGCUGACACCAAGAGAAUAACAGAAUUAGAAGAAAUCAUACGAAGGAAGAAUAUGGUCAUCUCCAAAUUGAAGAAAGAUAUGGUUGUUCUGGAGAAGCAGGUUGUUGAACUUACGAGGCUCCGAAGACGUUCUUCUACUACUUUGGAGUCUGAUUCCUCUAGUGCUUCAUACUCUGAAAGUUCACAACUUCCGGUCAUGGCAACUAAUAUUUGUUUUGACAUGAGUAACACCAGUCCAUCAUCCUCUGAUCCUGACUCUCCUGUGGUCAGGAAAGGAUACCCUUUGCGAUUUCCAGUUGGCAAGGAUGAAUCCCAGCAGCAUUGCAGCAGAACAGUUGACAGUAUAGAACAGCCUUUAUCAGAGCAUUCUAUUUCCUUAACAGAUAGCCCUCGGUCGCAACGAUCUAUUAGUCCUCUUAAAGAGAACUGGAGGCUUCAGAGAUCUGAACCAGCUACCGCAUUUAAACAGAGGAAACUUGCAAAAUCUAGUGAAGCUUCAAAGAGCAAUAGAAGUGCUGCUUGCCAGAAAGGAAAUCCCAUAGCUGCAAGGAGGAGGUGGAGUUGAAUCAUGCUGUCAUUUUGGUUUCAUACUUCUUUUUUGCCAUUGCAUAAUUACUGAUGCAUGGCUUUUCAAUCUGCAAUCUUUUGAUGCCAUGAUUAGCAAUGUAAUCUACUGAUCUGCAACUUCAGACUGAGUUAAACUUCAUUGAUGCAAUUGGUUUUUUUUAAGCCAAAUUAAUUUUAGUUUAGUUUAGUUUGGUUGAUGGUUUGGUGUAGCAUGUAUCAGUUUUUUUGCAUUUAAUUAAUAAGCAUUUUCAGAAUUGAUGGAUACUUAACAAGAGAACGCCUAUAAAUUCUGUGCUUUGAUUGGAAAGAAA